GGAACUUUUUUAUGUGAAAUUUUGUUUUGUCUACAUGUUUAACUACAUUAAUGAUAGUGGAAUAAUACUACUGGUGGGGAAAACUAGUGCGGAAAUAUUUUUCAAGAGAAAGUGCUGAAAAUUUGAAAUCUCAUAUUGUGAUGAACUGACUGAACGUUUUUUAAAUUGAUUGAUGUAUAACGAUUACUGUAGAUUAAAAUUUGUGUCAAAGAUUGCAGUGGAGUUUAUAACUAACGAUGAAUUGCCAUUAACAUUCAACCAGUAACGUUUGGGAUUUGGAGGUGUUUUACUGUGAGAUGAGCAUCAACGUUUUUUUUAUUAUCUUGGCAAUUUGUCGGAUCAAUUUUCUCGGUGAUCCUGUUGGGGCUGAAAGAUGGCCAAGAGCGCUGGACGAGACGUUGGACGAGCGCAACGAUGCUGAAAUAUUUCAAGCGGUCGUUGAGUCGAUGAGACAAUGGGAAUUGCACAAAAAGAUUUCCCACAGAGCAAAGAGAGACACUUCAAGGGUCUGCUAUGAAGAUGUCGGGUGCUUUGAGGACACUGGGCCUUUCAGUUACCUGGAGAUGUUACCAUCACCUCCAAAAGAUGUCGGAACAAGAUUUUUUGUCUAUGGGAGUCGAAAGGCGAGAUCAGUCCCUAUGGAAGUAGCUGCAGAUGACAUCAAUGAAAAAGCGAACAAUGCAAUUGACCCAGAGUUGCCAACCAAAGUCAUUGUUCAUGGUUUUGGAUCAGGCUGUGAUCACAUCUGGGUUUACGAGAUGAGAUCUGCUUUGAUAUCUGUCCAUGAUUGCAAUAUUGUUUGUGUGGAUUGGAGCCCAGGCAGUGUCCUUCCGAAUUAUGUACGAGCAGCAGCAAAUACUCGUCUCGUAGGAAGACAACUGGCAAAGUUGAUAAAAGGACUCAAUGUCUCUCUUGAUAAAGUUCACUUCAUUGGAUUCAGUCUGGGCGCUCAUGUCGCUGGAUUCGCUGGAGCAGAGCUUGGGAAUGUAUCAAGAAUCACAGGUCUCGACCCUGCAGGCCCCCUCUUCGAGUCCCAGGAUCCUCGAGCAAGAUUGGAUGAGACAGACGCUAAUUUUGUAGACGUCAUUCACAGCAACGGGGAGCAGUUAAUCUUAGGGGGGUUGGGCUCCUGGCAGCCUAUGGGAGACGUUGAUUUUUAUCCCAAUGGAGGAAGAAUGCAGAUCGGAUGUUCGAAUCUCUUCGUUGGUGCUGUGUCUGACAUAAUUUGGAGUGGAUCAAUCGAGGGUCGAUCACUCUGCAAUCAUCGCAGAGCCUACAAGCUCUUCACCGACUCCAUCAGUCCAAAAUGUCGUUUUCCAGCAUUUCCGUGUGAAAAGGGCUACGACGGUCUGCUUCAAGGUGACUGUUUCCCCUGCGGACAGGACAGACCGUGUGGAGACAUGGGCUAUUACUCGGACUCUUCCAAUGCACGUGGACAAUUGUAUCUUGUAACCAGAGAGGAAGAACCAUUCUGUGCCCACCAGUAUCAAAUAAAAGUUUACAAUAGUCGCAGUGAGAGACCAACAAGGAGUUAUGGUAAACUACAGGUAACACUUGUUGGUGCCGGUGGCUUUAACGAGACUUUCACCAUGACAAAAAAGGAUGAUGAGGAACUGGUUGUUGGGGCUAUACUUCAUAAAAUUGUCGUGCCUCAUCCAGUUGUUAUUAACUUAGAAGCUAUUGAGGUGAAAUACACUGCCUACAGUGGAUGGAUAUCAUCUGGUCUCGUCUCCUGGAGCAUCGAUAAAGUCUCGAUCUUUGACAGCUUCGGAAAGAGCCUGUCAAUUUGUCGCAAGGGGCUAAUUCUUGAAUCAGGGCAUCCAGUACAUUUUCCUCUGUACUCAGGAGAGUGCAAUAUUCCUGAAGAAUCCGCUAUUUCCUCUGGCGAUUCAACUUCAAACAUUACAACUUCAUCUUCAAAUGCAGUGAAAGAUUCAGAAGAUUCUGAAAAAAGUAACGCAGUAACAAAAACUACUGGAAUAGGUCCCUUCACGAAAGACCAAAAUUUUCAAUCCAACUUUGACAGAAAGGAUACCUACACGGUGGAUCUCCCCAUAGAUCGAACAAGUUCUUCCAAGAACAUUGGACCUUUUACGAAGGAUCAAAACCUCCGGAUCUUUGAGAAAACCCUUCCAAAUCCUCCAGAAGAGCCCAAACAGACCAUUUGGACUUUCAUAGAUCUCAACGAGACAGGAAACUCAUUGGAUAACCUUGAAACUGAGUCAGGUCGAGGCUUCUCCAGCUUAGCCUACAUUCCCACAGCUUCCAAAACCUCUAAUUAUCCUCAGAACACCGUACCACCACCUCAAAAUACCAAAUUCCAUUCAGAAAUCCAAGAGCCAGUACUUCAGGUCAAGAAAAAGGAAACAGGAAGGUCGAUGCGACUUCCUGAGAUCACGGAGCCUAUUUUAAGACCUAGAACCACGAGACAAAACCAAGAGGCUAAUUCCGAAGACCUUGAUGAAAGACAAGUAUCUGGAGAGAAAGAGCGUGACGAGUUUACGGGGUUUACAGUACAGUUUUUACCAGAAAGAUUAGCGGGAAUCUUGGCUCAGGCUGAGAGGUACGCUCGACAGACUCUUCUUCCUCUGAUUUCUCAAUAUACACCUUCUUUCAUCAAUAACUCUCGAAGGGAACGUUUGAAGUACUUCCCUCCGCUAUCAGAAAUAUCCGAGGAUGAUGAUAAAAUCAAUAAACCAAUGGAGGUCACCAGUAAAGAUGUGGGAAACAAUUCGCCUGCUCGAGAGGGUGAAAGUAGAGUCAGCGAAGACAUUUCAGGGGAUAAGGGGGAAGAUUGGAUUCCAAUUUCACUUUCAGGACCUCAAAGUAAUGGAGAUGAGAAGAAUGACAGCAGUUUCAGGAGCUCUGAUAAUUCCAAUGGAAAAUGGAUUAAUAGAGAAGGAAAAGAAUUAAUUACAGGUCAACGGAAUGAAAACGGUGACAGUAAACGCGAGUCAGCUUUUGAAAAUAUUCCUUCCAAAAAUAGCGGAGGUGUUGGAGAUGGAGAUAAUAAUAGACAAAUUAAUGAUAAUAAUAAUGAUUGGGUACCCAUUAUUGAUAAAGUAAAGAUCCAGAGUUCGAUUUUGGAUUCCCCAAAUGUGGUAAAUUUCUCCUCAGUUGAAAGUGUGAAUUCUGAUAAAGAGAAAGAUGGGCGUAAAUUUAUUCCGUUGGUUGAUUUGCAACGCCCAAAUGCGAACUUGGCUUCCAAAGGGAAUGAAGAUAGUACGGAAGUUAUUUCAACUACUGAAGAAAUUCUGUCACACAUUCACAAAGUUGAGGAGGACAAGGGGGAAAUGAGAAGUGGUUUCAGAAGUUUGGCAAUGAAAUCGUUGGCUUUUCCUUAUGCGUAUGAGAGGAAGACGGAUCCCAGGACAAGGUAUAUUCCACUGGUUCCUGAGGAGGAUAUGGGAAGGAAAAUGAGUAUACAUGAAAGAGAAGAGCGAUGAUUUUAUUAUAGUCCCAAAAUUAAGUUUCGGGUGAAGACAGAUGAUUUCACCAAUGUUGUACAGAUUGUUUUGGGCAUAUCAAACCACUUAGGAUGUUUAGAGAAAGAUGUAAAAAAACUUGCCUUUGUGGAAAACUGAAUACCUAAUCUACGAAAAAGUGACUUUAUGAAGUCUCCUCACAUCGCUCAUUGCUAACAUCAUUGAACAAUCAACAAUCCAAAAUUUGUAUGAAAUUUACCAUUUUUAUUCAUGUCAUCAACCUAGUAAUGAGCCAUUUUACGAGAAAAUGCCAAGAAACAUCUAACAUUACUGAGAAAAUCACUUAUCGUCAUAAUGAUUCAACAAUCAAUGAUUGAAAAUUUUGAUCCAAUAUGAAAUCUCAAUUAAGGAUGUUAGGGCAAGGUUGUUCGCUCUAAAAAUUAAAAUUGGACGAUUGAUUUAAAUCGCAUUUUACGACUAAGGAGUUAAUUAAGAAGUUAAAGCCACAACAAAAUGUUCCGUUUUGUUAAUACCAACUCUAAUUAAUUAAACCCUCAAUGUAUCAUCUUCCAAACAUUAUUUACCCUCUUAUUCCAUUCUAUUUUUUUCUGAACAUCUCCUUGGUGCAUUAGAAACAAUCCUUUGAUACACUGCAAAGGGGCCAUAAAAUUACACUUUCAUCACAUAGAAACACUAUGAUUUGCCAUGAGAAUAAAUGAGAGUUAAAUUUUUGAAAACUUGAAAACCGCACUAAUUGUACCAAAAAGAUUUUUUCGAUUGACACACCAAAUGAUCCUUCCAAGUGUGCCCAGGGAAUUUGCCAAAGAAAAUAAAAAAUUUAGAUAACGUUCAAUGACUGUGCUUCCAGGCCUAAAUAAAAAAAAUUUCCAGAAUUUUUUACAUUCAAGUGGAUACACGUGGAGAGAUGACCAGUUGAAAAUUACCUUCAUGGUGUCUCCACUAUCAGUAUAUCUAUUUGGAGAAAUGUUCAAUGAUACACCUUGAAGAGUAUUAAAUAUGGCGGGUAUGUGAAAAAGGGCAAGAACCAAUUUUCAACUUGAGAAAAGUUUUACGUGAGUACUUGUCGACGCAUUGAGCAAAACGAAAUAAUUAAAAAUUGAAAUACGAUAUUUUCUAAAAUUCAUUCCUGGAACUUUUGAUACGCCCGUUUUUUCAAGGAGAUAUACUGGUAGCAGAUAAUUUAAAUACAUUUUUUGCAAUACCUGCCUGAUAAGUUUACUUUUUAGGAGGAUUUACGUGAGAGUUUAGGGUGACGCCCGUCACUAGUUAGAGGUAAAGAAAUUGAUAAAUUCAAAGAGAAUUAGAAUUUAAAGAGAAAAAAUUGCGCAGCGCCCCGCCGGGGUACGACUGACGCCGGGUAAGCUACCAGGAAUCACGGAAUUCUCUCUCCACAUUCGAUCAUAAUACCGCCUUAGCCACCUUUAGGCAUUAAAUGACUAGUGACGCCCGUGUUUACCGCUCAGCAAUUUUUUGCGAGUAGUGUUCCUUAGCAUUCACCCAUUCGAGAACUAACUGUGCUCAUCGUUAAACUUGCUCACCGGAGCAACACCUUACUGACUCAACCAUUAGUGAGUUCCGAACUGUCGGUUCGGAACUAAUCCCCUCAAGAAAAAUAUCGUUUACAAAUUUCAAGCUUUUCUCUGUGGAUCUGUAGUAAACUAGCAUUUGACCGUAAAAGUUUAAGGAGAAUUUUAAAAAUCAUAGUUGUAUUAUGUUGUAAAUACUACUCUUCACUCAUUCAAAUUCAGAACUUCAUUAAACGCGCUAUUAUUUCGGUGCGUGAUUUCCCGUAUUGUCUAAAAUUUUUGCAAAAAAAAAUCUAAUAAGUUUCUUUGAACCUUUUCUUUUCGAAGGUUCUCUUCAAACCCUGGAAAUCUUUCCAUGACUAUUUUUUCAACACUUAAUUACUCAUUAUCAAAUGAGGCAACUUAUUUUUCAAGUGUAAUCCAGGGUCAUCAUUCAGUUAUUGGAAACUGAUAAAAAUCUGGAAUAAGAUUGACUCGACAUGCCGUAACUGACUCAGAAAUUUUUCAAUUUCUGUAAAUAGUUGCCCAUCAAUUUGUUUUUUGAUGUAUAAUUAACUAAUGUAAAACCAAUAAUAAUGAAUGAUAAUUAAUAUAAAACAUCCACUCAAUUAAUUUAUGAAUUAUUUUAUGCAUUAUGCUAAAAAUUGCAAUUGUUACUCUUUUUCGUAUUUAUUGUUUUUACAUGGAGACCAAGAAAAUUACAACGACAAUAAUCCAUGUGUAUUACGUUUUUCGUCACUUCGUUUAUUGAUAUUAAGUAAUUAUACAUAUAUAUAAUAUAUACAGUUUUAUUAAUACGAUUAGUGAGACAAUAGCUCUCGUAUCCAUGAACAAUAGUCAAACUUGUAUGGAAGAAAUGAUUCGUUUUAUGUAGAAUAUGACAAUAAUGCCUGUUUCUUUAUUUUUA